AUGCCUGAAAAUAGGGAUUGCCGAAUUGGACGCGGCAAGAAGAUGAAGAAGAAGUCAAGAGCAACAAAUUACGUGGAUUCAUUACAAGCCAGCUCCGGAGAGUUCAGUUCAGGACUUUCGUCCGACUACUGGAGGGGGUGGCAGGCAGCGGCCAGGCUGGGAGCCAGUCUGCUGCAGGCGGGCGGACUGCUGGCAGCGGGGUUCCCCGGCGCCACGCCCCCGCAGCCGGACAAGACGCUGCUAGGCGCGAGCCUGGUGGGGGGCGCGGCUAGGGAGCCCGCCUGCGCCGCGGACGCCUUCUGGAAGAUGCCCCACAAAGGCUCCCUCACGACGGCGCCACGGAAGCCCCCGCCGGACCUGUGUGUGUCAUGUUCUGUUCUUGCUUGUGCCGCAGAGGACGACCACCUACCGCACCACCACCACCACCACCACCACCACCCUCCCCCUCAGCACGUAGCCGCUAGCGCGAUCUUUGGGUGCUCUGCCGCAGGGCACAGCGGCAUCAACCAGCUGGGCGGGGUGUAUGUGAACGGCCGGCCGUUGCCGGACAGCACGCGGCAGAAGAUCGUGGAGCUGGCUCACUCGGGAGCGCGGCCCUGCGACAUCUCGCGCAUCCUGCAGGUGUCCAACGGCUGCGUGUCCAAGAUCCUGGGCAGGUACUACGAGACGGGGUCGAUCAAGCCCCGGGCGAUAGGCGGCUCCAAGCCGCGGGUGGCCACCUCCGGCGUGGUCAGCAAGAUAGCCGAGUACAAGCGGGAGUGCCCAUCGAUAUUCGCGUGGGAGAUCCGAGACCGCCUGCUGUCCGAAGGCGUCUGCACCAACGACAAUAUUCCUAGCGUGUCUUCCAUAAACCGGGUGCUGCGCAACCUGGCCGCGCAGAAGGAGCAGCAGGUGUCGGCGCAGAGCGAGUCGGUGUACGACAAGCUGAGGAUGUUCAACGGCCAGGCCCCCGGCUGGGCGUGGUACCCGGGGGCGCCGCCCACGCCGCACCUGGGCCUGGCGCCCAACCCCGCCGCCGCGGUGCUGCCCGGCCAGGUGGCCCGCGACGACGUGCACAAGAGGGUUGACGCGGUGCACGAGAGCACCUCGGACGGCAACUCGGAGCACAACUCCUCGGGCGACGAGGACUCCCAGCUGCGGCUGCGGCUCAAGAGGAAGCUGCAGAGGAACCGCACCUCCUUCACCAACGAGCAGAUCGACAGCCUCGAGAAAGAGUUCGAACGCACUCAUUACCCUGAUGUUUUUGCAAGAGAAAGGCUAGCAGAGAAAAUAGGUCUUCCCGAAGCGAGAAUACAGGUGUGGUUCAGCAACCGGCGCGCCAAGUGGCGGCGCGAGGAGAAGCUGCGCAACCAGCGGCGCGCCGUGGACCAGGUGGGGGCGACCCAGGCGGCGACUCCUUCGGGCCGCCUGCCCAUCAACUCCGGCUUCAACUCCAUGUACUCGUCCAUCCCGCAGCCCAUCGCCACCAUGGCGGACACCUACAGCUCCAUGUCCAACAGCCUGAGCAACAUGGCCGGCAGCUGUCUGCAGCAGCGCGACCACGCCGGCUACCCCUACGUGUUCCACGACCCGCUGCACUCGCUCAGCUCCACCUACAACCACUCGCGCGCCGCCGCCGCGGCUGCUGCGGCGGCGGCGGCGGCCGCCUCCGGCCCGGCGGCGGCGCACCAGCAGAGCAGCGUCGGCGCGCACGCGUCGCCCUACGGCGCGGUCAGCGCCACCUCCACGCCCGCCACCGGCACAGGCGUGAUCUCCGCCGGGGUGUCGGUGCCGGUGCAGAUCCCCAGCCAGGGCCCCGACCUCGCGUCCAACUACUGGCCGCGGAUACAGUGA